AGAUAAGUACGAUUCGGGCGGCAUCGGCAGCGGCGGGCGGCGCUAGAGCGGGCGGGCACGCGGCAAGAUAACGGAUUAUUACAUCAGAUCGCGGCGCGUGCGCCUCUGCCGCCGCUACCUAUAUAAGCUGCGCGCCGCCCGCUCAUACUCAUUCACUCAUCGCUACUGAUAAAUGACACGUCUAUAUUAAUUGGUGGCAAUGAUCUACGCUCUCAUGCAUCAUCCUGAAUUUUGUGUAAAUAAACAACCAGAUUACGAACAGUGGUGGAAAAGUGACAAUUGGUGCGACUGCCAUUCUCCGCGUUUCGAGCAGCAACAGAGAUAGCAAACGGAUCGCAAGUGCAUUGAUUAAAAGACAAGCGAGACACCGGUGUUCAUUCGCAUCUAGUCCGCCUGAAGACAUCAACGCUUGAAAGCUUUGAAGUUUGACGCAGAAAUUUAAAGAAGAUUGAAGAAGGUUGAUUUUUAGAUUGAAUUUAAAGAAGUUUCUUUUGAAAGUUUAAAGAAGAAAAAUCAAGAUGGCAACGGUGCAAACUGCUUCUGAAAUGAGCCUUUCGUCAGCUCCGCUGGCCGUGCCACAAAACAAAGAUCUGGAUCUGAUGGCACUCACCAUGGCCGCGUUGCGUCUGGUGAACCCCUGGGUGAAGGCCGAGCCGGAACCCUGGCAGGAGCCCCGGGAGGAGCCGAAGGACCGCAUCAUCACCCUCGCCGAGGUCAGCCAGCACGACACUCCGCGAGAUUGCUGGGUCGUCAUCUACGACCGUGUCUACGACAUCACUACCUUCAUUGAUGAGCAUCCCGGUGGAGGCGACAUAAUGCUGGAGUACGCGGGCCAAGACGCCAGCACGGCGUUCCGCAGUUCCGGGCAUUCGCGCAUGGCCACCAAGGCGCUAGACCGGUUCCUCGUCGGCGAGCUGCCGAUGAGCGAGCGCAUGUACCGCCGCCCUGGAGGCAUCCGACUUAGCGACAUACCGGAGUAACAUAUAUGUUGGAUUUACAUUAGCCGUUAGACAUCACAACUGUAUCGUUGCUUCGAAAUCAAGAUCGAUCACAGAUUCUCCUUUUACAACGGGGAGACAUGCGGGACAUUGAGGAAUAUUUAUUUUCAUCGGCUUUCUAAUCUCGCAACUUGAAAAGCGAAAGAGGAAGCGUUGGAAUUUACAUCAGACCGCCAGACGUUUAUGCAUUAUCUAGUUCAAAGUACGGUUGUAGGACGUUAAUAAAAAUGUAAAGGUUAAACAAUUAAUAUAAUACACUAAAGGCUAUUUACUUAUCGCCUUGCAACAAUUUUAUAGCUGUUAAUUAUUAUAAUAUUAACCUUUCGCUACACAGACAGCAUAUUAAAUUACAUGAUAAGAGUGACUCUGAGGAUAGAGGCCCUCAGAGACAUGAACCUGCCUGCUUGACUGCCUGUAUGUGAUUGUCAGUAAGAUUUUUAUUAAGUAUUGAGUUUAAGUGAUUGCAUUUAUUUACUUUAAA